CUAUACCGUGCGACAUUAAAAACAUAAUGCCUUUAGUUACUCAUUUAAUAAAGAAAAAACAUUCACAUAACCCAUUUGUUCAACAGUUUAACAGUGACACGCUACAGGUUUUUUUAUUAUACUUUGCUAGUUCGAAUGUGAACAAAAGCUUUUGCUCAAGCUGCACCUGGACUGGAAUUCUAAUGGGAUCAUAAACAAGCGUUUCAAUUGUAGAAAGCUUUCAUGACCUGUACGUUUCGUGAUGCCCCAAAGUUCACACAAUGGUAGAAAUUGGUGUACGGAAAGUGAAAAAAAAACGAACAUUUUCCCGGAAGCAAAGUUUUUAGUUGUUGUUGGCGCUGUUAGCCCCACGCCAUGAAACCCUCCCGCUUGCCCGCUCAUUUCAAGGAUCAUUAUCGCGGAAGUCACUAUCGAACCAACAAACUGCACUUUUUCCGCCCGUUGCGCGCGUCGGGUGUAACCCGGAGCAACGGCGCUCCAGCUCCGCGGCAUGCAACCGUUCGGUGGCGCCACCCUGAUGGGCCCGGCACGGUUAAACCGGAAUGACGAUUGACGAACGGGGUUUGUGUGUGGGCCCGGCCGACCCGAGCCUGUCAGUUGCAACUUGCACAUCAUGCACCACGGUGGCAGCAGUGGUAGUAGUGAUCCGCGCUACCGACCGGGCGGCUCCGAAGGUCGCGAAAGUGACAGUGACAGUGGUGCGAGAUGUCGGUCAUGGGGCCGACAGUGGGUGCUGCACUUGACAAUGGUGGCCCUGUUUUUGACCUCCUAUGGGUACGAUCCCUACCUGCGAGAGCGGGAGCUCGAGCAGCUCGCCCUGGCAGCGGACGACGACGGUGUGCUGCUGAGUGUGGCGUCCCAUUACCAUGAUCCCGAGCAGGACGAUCCGGGCGAGGAGGACAUCGAAAUACACUACCACCUGCUGCUGUACGUACCGCGAGUGUUGGCGGUGCUGCUGCUGGCUGCCGCCCCGCAGAAAGUGUCGAUCGAGCUGCUGACGAAGAUCGUACACUUUGCGCAUCCAGUGAUUGCGCUGCUGUACGCGCUUCUGCACAUUCCCGACUUCCUAUCCUACGAGCUGCGGUACAUUGGCUGCCUUUCGGAGCUGUUUUGGUCAGCGAAGCUGGUGCUGUACCUUUGCCAGCUGGUGGUGUGCUCGCCGAAAGCCGAACGGCUUUACUAUCUGAUCGCGGGCGCCUUAGUGUUGAGCCUCGGUUCGGCAACACAACCGUUCGUUGCGGAACUGGGAACAAUCUAUCCUGCUUUGUCACAGUACACGCUCAAUUUGGCAAUUGCGUUGCUGCAAGUGGGCAUCUGCCAGCCAAUGCUGUUCUGUGGCACUUGCGUCAGUUGCGAAAGCGCCGCAACCAGUUCAGCGCAAAAGUUUAGCUACGCUUUGCUCAACCAAUUCACGGUGGUGAUUCUGAUAGCGACCGUUGCUUUAAAUAGCAUCCUUUUCCAAUGGUUUCUAACAGACAACUCAACCUUACUCCGUCCAUUUCUACCGUUUCUCAGCUCCGACGAUCUGUUCGGCGUGUUUUGGCAGCUGUUCUACGUGGCGGCUGUAUUUUCCACGUUCGGGUUUCUGCUGAUAUACCUGCGUACGGCGGAUCUGAUGGUGGCAUCCUUCGGAAGUCAGUUUCUUGCCGGCGUGCUCUACCUCUAUCUGGAGGAACCGAUUGCUGCUCGGUUUGCGCUGAUUACGAACAGCUUCACCGUUGCAACUGCACUCGAGCAGCUGCUAACGCUUUAUGGACCGGCGCACAAUGCAGUGGCUGUGCUGGGACUUGCCUUUGGACUAAUUAACCUGCAGCCGUACGCGUUCUUUGGGCUGUUGCUGACGCUGUGGAGCUCGCCGGAUAUUUGUGCGGUGGUUGUGCUGGCUUUCAAUGGAUUCUUUGCGCUGAUUUUGGUGGUGGUCCGAACGUGGCUAAACUGUGAGCCAACAGCACACGAAUGUUCGGCAACUGGGUCGAAAAAGUUCGCCACCCAAAUUACUACCAUUACAUGAAUGUGUUCGGCGGUGCCCUUUGCAUGUUGGUUGUUGAAUAAACGGUUGUAUACGAGUUGAAUUGCA